AGUUUCCAGCUCAAAAUCAAAUAAGCCCAAAAGCCGCGUGUAGCUCUCUCUUUCUCUUCUCUUUUCAAGGGGAGAGAAUUUUGAGGCUCUUUCCCCUUCAGCGCUUCGAUAUUUUCUUCUGCGAUUCAACAAACCAAACCCCUUUUAAUUAUUUGUCAUGCACUGCUAAUGCAAGCAAGCAAUCCUUUACAGCGAGACCCUUUUGGACUUUUUGGAUUCUUGGCCUUUAUACUCUACUGAAGUUUGUCUUAGCUUUGAGAAAAAAAAAAUUGUUUUAGUUGUCAGGAUUUGGGGACAGAGAUAUGAGGGCCGAGGAUCAAUCGAUGUCUCUGUUCGGGAUUUCUCUUUCUGUUCGACCUAAAUGGCAGCAAUUCCUUAUUUGUUCUUCUGGGUUCUUUUUCGGUUAUCUUGUUAAUGGCAUUUGUGAGGAAUAUGUGUAUAACCGGCUUCAAUUCAGCUAUGGCUGGUAUUUCACUUUUGUGCAAGGAUUAGUGUACCUUGUUCUCAUAUACUUUCAGGGUUUCACCAUUAAGCAAAUGGUGAACCCAUGGAAAACAUAUGUGAAACUCUCAGCUGUUCUUAUGAGUUCUCAUGGAUUGACCAAGGGCUCCUUGGCCUUCCUUAACUAUCCAGCCCAAAUCAUGUUCAAAUCAACCAAGGUACUACCAGUCAUGGUAAUGGGUGCAUUUAUUCCAGGACUGAGAAGGAAAUAUCCAUUUCAUGAAUACAUCUCUGCUCUGCUUCUGGUUAUUGGCCUGAUUCUUUUCACCUUAGCAGAUGCCCAAACUUCUCCAAAUUUCAGUAUGAUUGGUGUUGUAAUGAUAUGUGGUGCUUUAAUUAUGGAUUCUUUAAUGGGGAAUUUGCAAGAAGCAAUUUUUACCAUGAAUUCUAACACAACUCAGAUUGAGGUGCUAUUCUGCUCAACAGUAGUAGGCUUGCCUUUCUUGAUUCCACCAAUGAUAUUGACAGGGGAGCUGUUUAAGGCUUGGAAUUCUUGUUCUCAACAUCCUUAUGUGUAUGGGGUUCUAGUAUUUGAAGCAAUGGCCACAUUCAUUGGGCAAGUGUCUGUUUUAUCACUCAUUGCUAUUUUUGGGGCUGCAACCACUGCCAUGAUAACAACAGCUAGAAAGGCGGUCACCUUAUUACUGUCAUACAUGAUAUUUACAAAGCCAUUAACAGAGCAGCAUGGGACAGGGCUACUGCUCAUAGCCAUGGGAAUAAUUUUGAAGAUGUUGCCAGAUAACCAACCCCCCAAGAAGCAGCAGGGGAAGUCUCAUUUGAAGGAAGUGAAAGGUGUUGUUGAUAAUAGAGAAAGUGAAGGAGAUGAAGAAAAUCGGCCCUUAGUGUAACGAAUGAAGAUGAAGCUCAUGUAGUUUAUUUGUCUGUUCGUUCUUUUUGUUUCUAAUAUAAUCUUUUGGUUUCUCAUUUAACUCAAGGGGUAGUCAGAAGAUAGAAAUGAUAAGUGACAUAAGUAAGAUCAAGGGAAAAGAGAAAGAAUAGAGAAACUAGCCAAAAGCAAGUUGUGAUGUAAAUUCUUAUGGUGAAGUUAUUAUUUAUCAAGUUUUGAAAGUGGAUUUAAUUACUAUUUCCCU